CCAAUGAGAGUGCUGGUGAGGCAUUUAAUCAGGGGCCCAUGUAACUCAAAUUCUUAUAACCUGGAGUCCAUACACAGCCUGUAGGAGACCCUGGGAAAUGGUGGGAUUUCUGGGCCAAAUUCUGCUCCUGUACAUUCCAGCCUGUGUCGGGCAAGUGACGGUGACACAAAGCGAGAAACUUCUAUUAGUGAAGAGAGGGGGGUCGGUGCGGAUCACUUGUCACCAAUCUGCUGCUGAUUAUUUCAACAUGUUCUGGUACCAACAGAAACCGGGGCAGGGCCUGAAGCUCAUGGUCUGGUCAACUGGUGCCAAUGAUGGCAAAAUGGAGGGGGAAUAUGGGCAGAGGUGGCAGUUGCACAGAAGUGACACCCACAAUUGUGUUCUGAAUGUGACCGGAGCAGAAGCAGAAGAUGAUGCCCAGUAUUUCUGUGCCGCCAGUAACACAGACACAGACACGGGCACAGACACUGGCACAGAACCCACGGGCGACACCUACUGGCACGACUGCCCAUUGGCAGGUGUAGGGGCAAAAACCUAAAGUCUGUAUUUAUAGUAAGUUCCCCUUUUAUUCAUAAUGUUUUCCACACUCACCCCCAUGUCCUUCUGAUUAUACUGGUGCCGCCCAACUGUCCCAAGCCCCC